ACACAAACACAAACGGAACAAAUUGCAUGAACUAAUCAAUAAUUGAAAAAAUCUUUAAACACAACAGGAUACACUUCAAAGAAUAUCUUAACUUGAGCUUAAUAUCGAGCAGUGUGAAAAUCCCAUUUCAACUAAUAACAAAGAGGCAUGCGAGUUAAAUACAAAAAAGAUUACUCUAUUAUCAAAUUUGGGCAUCAACAUCAACAGGAAUCGGUACCUGAAUCUCAAGAUCAAAAGCAGUUCAAUCACCUGGAUUACAGAGCUACAAUCAGAUCUAGACAACCCGAUGCCAAAUAGAGAAAUCGGACAACAGGGGAAAAAAAAGGAGGAAACGAUUACAAAAUUAAUUUAAGAUUCGAGAUUAAUCUCAGAAAAAUUAAUCCAAAAAUUGUCACAUAAAGCUCAGAAAAAUUGCCUACCCUUUGAUCUAAUCCACAUAUACGGCGGGAAAUUAGCCUUUGAGAUCACGCGCAUUGAGGCGGUGGUGGCGCCCCGCGAAUUACGCUGACGGGUUUCGGGCUCCCCGAAAAGGCGCGCCCGUGGAUCCCGCCGUUCUGGUUUGGUUUCCUUCUUUCUACCUAACGAGCGCCAUGGAUUCUGGUGAUGAGAUCACCGGACUCCUCGAUGCAGAAGAGAGUCGACUGUCCAAGGAAGAUGAAUUUCCUUUUAGCAGCUUAGGGGUUUUCUCUUUUGAAUAUUUUGCAUUUUAUGUCAUUUCUUUUCCAUUUUUCAAUUUAAUCCCUGAGAGUGAGAGGUCUCCUCUUUUGAAUUUUUGGCAAUUGAUCCCAUUUCUUUUUUCCACCUUUCACAUUAGCCUCUAAUAUAAAAUCCACAACUUCGUUAGUUUUCAAUUAAGUCCACCUCUUCACUCUUUUAUUUAUUUAUUUAUAUUAUUUCAACUUUUUAUUUUUUCAUGUUUCUCCUUUCAUUUCAAAUUUGUAUCUUUCUCUUUUUAUUAAAUUUGAGAAUUUUGU